AAAAAGUCAAAAGAAAAGGAAGGAAAAGAAAAAGCAGAGCAGAAGCAGGAUGCAGCAGCGGAGCUUUCUGCGGUCAGGAUCUCCGCACCAGAACUGGAGAUGUUAAAAUGAUGAAAUCCUGCCUGGCCCCGUGCACAGCAGCCAUGACAUCUGCCCCGGCCCUGCCUGGAAGGUGCUGCUGCUGAGGUGUGAUGCCAUGUCUGUAGCCAUCAGAAAGAAAAGCUGGGAAGAACAUGUGAGCCAGUGGAUGGGGUUGGCUCUGGAGGCUGUGCAGUGUAACUCAGCAUGUCGCCAUGGGCUCGCAGCUGACAACCUGCAGAGCAGCAUGGAACAAGAUGAAGCUUUGGGCGCAGACCGCGAGGAGGAACGUGCUUCCUUCCCAGAGUGCUGCUACAGCAGAGAGCUGAGGGGCUGCCCUGCAAAGCAGCUGGGCAGUGCUUCGAAGGAGCUGGAUGAAAAUGAUAACCAUGAGGGUGAGGGGCAGCUUCUGGAGGCCAGCACAGAAACGCUGGUCCACGUGUCUGACGGCGACGAUGACUACUCAGCGCUCAACCUGGAGGGUGUCAGCUACCACCACACCGCUGCCACAGGGAAAGAACACCAGGGUGAAGAGAAGAGGCUAGAUGGAGCAGCCUCCUCGCCACAGGUGCCACCAAUAACAGAGAGCACCAAGGCAGCUGAAGCCUCUGAACUAGUUGGAGGUAUAAGUGAGGAACCUGCCUGUGACGUAGCUCCCAAAGAGGGGGGGAUGGAAGGUGCUGAUGUUUGUGGCAGCACCGGCCAAAGCCUGGAGCUUUGUGGUGCUGAAGGUGUAACUGAAGUGACAGAUGCAGAGAAGGAAAACCAUCCUAGUUCUCCAAAUGGGAAGGAAAUAAGGCUUCCUGGGAAGCAGCUGCUCCACACUGCUGUUGUUGCAGAACAGCACUGGAAACCUGAGGCUCCUAAAGAUGGGCCUGGAAAGUGUGAGAGCAGCGUGGUGGAGGGUGGGAGUGCUUCCGAGACCUGCACCGGCACUGACCCACAGCUGCCACCGGCACCGCAACCCAGCGACUGCCUGACAGAAUCUCCUAGCUCUGGCACCCUGGCCCUGGAGAAUGGUCUGGAUGGAAGUGGUUUUGCAGAGCCUCAAGUGGCCCCUGAGAACAAAAGCCUUUCCAGUGCUGGCUCAGCAGAAGACACUCAGAGCUUACACACAAGGAGCCCUCUGGGCACAGCAGAGCCGCCAGGCAGCCCGGUGAAGCUGCGCAGGAGGAAGGAGGUGCCGGAGGACCGGGAGCGGUCGCGGCUGGAUUCCAUGGUGCUGCUGAUCAUGAAACUGGAGCAGCUGGACCAGGACAUAGAGAAUGCUCUCAGUGCAGGCUCCUCCCCAGCCAGCACCCCCACCUACCAACGGAAGCACCGACCUGUGCAGGGCUUCACCUGCAAUUGA